GUGAAGCGCCUAAAGAAGGAACUGAUGGACAUCACUAAGGACCCCCCUCUCACAUGCUCUGCGGGGCCGGUGGGAAAUGACAUAUUCACAUGGAGGGGGAUCAUCAUGGGUCCCCCCAACAGCCCGUACGAGGGAGGGGUCUUUUCACUUAACAUACACUUUCCAUGCGAGUACCCCUUUCACCCUCCGUGGGUUUACUUCACCACCCGCGUAUACCACCCCAAUAUCGACAGAAGGGGAAACAUCCAUUUAGAUAUUCUCAAGUCCCAGUGGUCUCCCACACUGACUACGUCCAAAGUCUUGUUGUCCAUCAGCUCCAUGCUCUGCCACCCUAACCUUGAUAAUGCCUUAAUUCCAUCCAUUGCCAGAAUGUAUUUAAAGAACAGGGACAAAUAUAAUACUAUGGCACAGGCUUGGACCAGAAAAUAUGCCAUGUGAGUGAG